AGUGCUUUAGAAUAUCUUAAAAUGUUCGAAAUAAUAUCUUGUGCAAAAGAUACCAAAUUGCACACGUUUCCGGCCUUCGAAUUAUUGUGCUCUAGCGCUCAUGUGAAUAGCAAUGGAAGUGACUGCCAGUUUUUUCCGGGUAGUAAGCUAUUGCUUCGAUCUAACAAAAGCUGGGGUGUGGAAUUGUUGCGGAUCAAAACUGUGAACGGCAAAUCUACCGUUGCAAAUGUUAGAAAAACCACCGUUGAUAACCUAUACUGUGCUGCUUGUCCAAGAACAGACCGGGAGGAUAUUGCGCUGGGUUUGACAUCCGGUUCGAUUCGUUUCAUGAACUACAAAAAGUCAUCCAUAACCAAACGGCUAGACAGCGAGCGUAUCGCAAAUGGAGUAACCUUUUUGGAUUUCAGUGCUACUGAUGAUUUCCUUGCGGCGGUUUAUGAAAACGGAGCUGUUAAUAUCUAUGGGAUUAAAACUAAUAGUCGUCUGUCCACAAUGAACUUUGAUAAACAGACAACAAAAGCCCGCUUCCACCCAACCAAGCGAUUUUUACUUUCGGUUGCUUCCUACAAUGGUGCUGUUGUGUUAUAUGACACGCAAACCAAGAAAAUCGUUUUCAAUCAGACGGAAGCGCAUUCUGCGCCCUGUCGGGAUAUAGCAAUGACCGCCAGCAACCCUGAUGCUUUGUUUAGCGUUGGUUAUGAUAAUAUCAUCAAUAUCUUUGAUACUCGUAAGAAAGCUGUCGCAUCGCAAAUCUCCUCAAACUAUCCAUUCGAAUCGUUGGCACUAUCGGAUUGUGGAGGGUACUUUUGCGCAGGAAACCUAAAAGGUUGCAUUUACGGCUAUGAUAUGCGCAAUUUGUCAACGCCGCUCAAGACUAGUGCAGUGCACGACAGUAUUGUAACAAGUAUAGCUUUUGUGCCCAAAACGUUAGAGAAAGAAAACAGUCACGUAAGUUUUGAGCCAUCGGUGUCGUCUUCUAAAUCAAUGGAGAAUACUAUAAAAUCUGCUAUAAUACCGACGGGGGUAAACAACACAUCAUCUAGUUCCAUAAUAUCUAGUGGAGGAAAACCAGAACAUGACAGUUUCAUGGGUGAAAUAGAUCAGUUUCUACAGCGUCGCGAUUCAAUGGAUUAUGUUUCAAGGCUGAGUUCUUCCUCUAGACUUAGUACCGAAUCUCGCGCUAGUCUCAAUAUGGGUGGAAACAAUAUGAUGGGUUUUCUUGAUGAUAUUUCCGACAGCAAUAUGGAUGUUGACCAGACGGAUACUGUUCUCAGCAAUGCCAAUCAGGAUGAAGGCUAUGUCAACGUAAAUCGUCUAAUAAAACGAACUUCCAUCAAAAAGCAAUGCUCGGUAGAUCGAUCUCAACGAACAGCAGCUAAUUUGGAAAACAUCCGGGAAGAGUCUGAUAUAGAUAGCAGUCGUGCUUUAAUGGAGAUACCUUCUGAAUUAAAUGCUAAAAGACAAACUCAAAAGCACACAGAAGACUCUCCGAAACGGCUAUCGCAUCGUCAUAGCAUUAGUUUAGAGAAUAAAGAAAACCGUCGCAUAACAUUAGAAGCCACCUCAACUCCAAUCGCUGCAGACUCUAUCAUUGCAAAUGAAAUACCGAAAAAUUUAGCUUCGACCGAUACUUCGAUGCCUGCUAAUAUCCAAGCCGCCUUUCAGGAAUUGAAAUUGGAAAUUUCUAGUCUUCGACAAGAGCUUCGCGAAGAAAUGAAGGAACACUUUUUCCAAAAUCGAGUUGAUCGAAAGUACACGGCCCAAGCUACACGCAGUCAUACUUGGAUGGGUACGUUUAACCUGUGGCAGGAGACUCAGAAAAAGUUGGACAAAAUCGAUGAGGUCACACAAACCGGAUUUGGUUUGUUACUAACGAAUGAUGAGUUUACCCAACGCUUUAUGGCACUACAGCGGGAGAAUGAAUUGCUCAAAAGGCGGCUAGCAGAAUUAGAACAACCAAGUGCAAACCCAUAAGUGGAGAAUUUUAAGUGGCGCUCAAAAUAUUUGAACUGUUGUGUGAUAAGUGGAUGUUUACUGUUAGUGACUAAGUUUUUCCAUUUCUAGGGUUAUGCUGA